AUGCAGUGUCAAAUCCCAGUGAAACAACAGCGACAACAGCGACAACAGCGACAACAGCGCAGCAGCAACAGCAGCAGCAACAAAACCAAUUGUCGGCCGGCCAAAAAAAUUUUGGCCUACUGGAUGCUCGACGAAGACGAGCAUCCAGACGCUGACAUAAAUAAUUCAGAAGUGGAUGAUAAUGGUACGUGUCGUAUACAAGUCCAGAUGAGUCCGACUUGUCGAAAAAAUACUUACCUUUUUGUGGAAUCUCUUCCAAGCUAUGCGCGCCGCGAAGUCCUGCGGGACCUCGCGGACGAGCGUAGAACGCAAGCGAGGACGGAACGAGCAGAACAGGAGCGAAGAGAGGAGAGAGAAAGAGAGCUGGAGGAAGAAAGAUUAAUAGAUGCGGAAGAAGGGGUGGAGGAGGAAGAGGAAGAGGAAGAGGAAAGAGCGGCCGAGGAAGCAACAGCUUAA